AUGACUACCCCCACAGCCAUCAGCACAAAUAAUUUGAUCUCAUUGGCAUCUCAGAAUAAGAUCUGCACUGCCUUUGGAGUGAAAAUUUGCCGAGGGGUUGAAAUUGUACAUAUUGCAAAAGCCUCUGGUUAUGACUCUCUUUUCAUUGAUUUGGAGCACACCUGUAUGACUCUCCAAGAAGCGUCACAAAUAUGCAUCGCAGCAAUCUCGGCUGGAAUAACGCCAUUUGUCCGUGUCCCCCACCAAUGCGGAAGUGGAUUUAUUCAAAGAGCGCUUGAUGUUGGUGCUAUGGGUGUGAUUAUCCCCCACAUUCAUGGAGUCGAUGACGCCAAACGUGCCAUUCAGACCACCAAGUACCCUCCCAUGGGUAAGCGUUCUUUGAGCGCAGGUUUCCCUCAUUUCGAAUACGCAUCUCCCGAACCCAACCUCUUAAUGAAGGAAAUGAACGACUUUGGUUCUCUAUGCUUCAUUAUGAUUGAGACCGCAGACUCCCUCGCCGCUGUUGAAGAUAUUGCAGCAAUUCCUGGGUGUGAUGUGCUGCUUGUGGGAUCUCAAGAUCUGACCUCCGAGAUUGGAACUUUUCCUGACUGGGACCAUCCUAAGUUUUGGGAGGCCCUGAUGGCUGUUGGGAACGCAGCCAAGAAGCAUGGAAAGUACAUGGGCAUUGCUGGCCUUUAUCACAGAAAGGAUAUUCUAGACAAGGUUAUCAAUGAGCUAGGAGCAAGAUGGAUUGUCGGUGCUCAUGAUGUCGGACUUCUUUCCUCAGGUGGCCGCGCGAAUUCAGACCUUCUUAGAAGCCUACAAGCAAACUAG